AUAGCUGGUGUAACUAUGGAGGCACGAGAAGUGGUUUUAUGUACCCACUGCAAUAAAGAAGUGGCGAAGGCCAACUUUGACCUACAUGAACCACACUGUAAGAGGUUUCUGUGUCUCUGCCCUGACUGUGAUGAGUCUGUCCCUCGAGAUCAGUUAGAGGAGCAUAAAGCCCAACAGCAUGCACAGGUCAAAUGUGGGAAGUGCAAUAAAAAGAUGGAAAGAAGGCAGCUGUUGGACCACGAGACAGAUGAGUGCUCAGAGAGGCCACAGAUCUGUGAGUUCUGUCAGCUAGAGCUUCCUCUGAGCAGUCUAAUGGAGCACAGCUUGUCCUGUGGGAGUCGCACAGAGCUCUGCUCUGAUUGUGGCCGCUACGUCAAACUGAAAGACCAGCUCCAUCACGCUCAGAUCUGCGGUUCUACCCCUCCAACACUGAAGAGCCCUAGUCCAGAAAAAGAUGCAUUUGGCACAGAUGAGGAUUCCAUCAAGCAGUGUUGGAAAUGUUUGAAAUACAUUCCUACUGAUGGUCUGGAUGAGCAUGUGCUGGCUUGCAAGCACUCCCCACAAUAUGUAAGAAACAAGGAUGUUGACGAUGAAGACCCCAGCCCUGGACAAGUCAGUGCUGCAGGCAAUGCAGAUUUCUCCUUUUCAGCACUUCAGAAGGCGAAGAGAGACAGAAACAUUGAGAGGGACCUAGAUAGGAUAAGCACUUGUCCACUUUGUCAUCUGGCACUUCCUAUAAAGACGCUUGAAUGGCAUGAGAAAAAAUGUGAGCUACAUAAACAUCUGGGCCUGCCACAAUGAUGACUGGUGCAAGCAACGUGUCUACAUGUGCAAGUACGCAAAGAAUAUUUUAUGCAAUAAUGUAACUUUCUUAUGCGAUCAAAACCAUAUACAUAUUUGCCAAUAAAUAGUUUUUCAUGAUUUUACAGGGUUGCUGGUAACAACACUGGUAACAAAAGCAAACCAAAAAUAAUGGGAUGACAUCAUCACAAACUAUUAUUUAAACAUAGAAUAUUAAAAAGUAUAGAAUCUAAUUAAAAUUAAAGUUUACAUAGUUUCCAGUUAAUAUGUAUUUUCUAAUUUUAUAUUUGAUAAAUUGCAACCAGAAGUGACCUAUUGGGUCCAGUGUGAAAUACUACAGAUUCUUUUAAAUAUUGAGUUACACAGCAUGCUUUACUAUCAAACUUACUACAGUGAAUAUUUACCAGUUUUUUCAUGAUUUCAUUCAUUUUUGAGGUUGUCAUCAAGCGAUACUUUUUAAGUGUUCUCUGCAUGUUAAAUCUGGACAAAUGUCAGUUGUGAUUUCACUGUACAGCAAAAAUAAAUAAAUAAAAGAUACAAAUGUUUGUUUGU